AUGACCACAGCACCCAUUAGCAAUAGUGCUAUUAGCGGUAUAGACCUUGAACACUCAUUCACAGCAGCAGCACCUCGUGUAGAAGAUAGAGAAUCUUCCGCUUAUAAAGAAAGACAUAAAGUGCUUCGUUUACUGUACGAUGUGCUAAAAUAUCCAGAGGACUAUUGUAGACGUCGUUAUACGGACCAAAUAUUGGACGCUAGAGACGACUAUGGGAUGGUUCCUCUAAAACUGCUACAUAACAAAAUAGAUAAAAUAAGAGACUAUCCAUACCAAUAUUUGCAAUACUGUUUACAGCAUGUCGAUGCCGAUCAUAGUUACCACGACAAUUUUGUCGUGAACUCUGAUUUAACUGAAGUUGGAUUAAAAUCAGACAGACGACAUUUCGAAACAGAUCCUUAUGGGUACUACACGGAUGGCAGCGUAGAUGAGGAUGAUUCUAUACAAAAAGGCGUAAAAGCCGCUGAGAAGCCUAAAUCAGAUACUACACCCUCCAAGAGACUUGGCGAUGCGAAAAAAAGUGAAUCAUUGAAAAACCGGAAGAAACAACGCAUGGCCGAAGUGGAGCCUGUCAUUUUUAAGGAUGGGACCUUUUAUGCGGAUUACGAACAUCGACAAUUUUUCGCAAAGUGUGUUUCUAAGGAAAGAGACGGAGGAUUAUCGUUAAAGCAGAUUUAUGACUUUGACGUAAUAUCAGAUAUAGCUGCCUUAGGAUCAAGCAAUCCAUUUUCAGUGAGGAUGAGAAAAAAAAUGCUCAUACCAAAGAAGAUAUGCUUUAAUUGCGGAAAGCCCAAUCACGAAGUAAGAGAUUGCCCAGAACCUAGAGACGCUGAAUCUAUCAGAACCAACGCUUUCCAACGGAAAUACGAUGCUUUUCUUAAACAAACUAUGGACAGGCGGCUACACGAAUUCCUUGAAUUGCAGCAAAUAGCGAGCAAAAUGGAACCAGGGAAGUUAUCAGAUGAACUUAAAAGAGCCCUGGGCAUGGAUCAAACAGAAAGUGAGCCGCCUUAUUACGUCAAUAUGCGUAAAUAUGGGUAUCCACCAGGCUAUCUCAAGCGUAUUAAGGCAUCUGGUAGCGAAGUCUCUUCAGAUGACGAAGAGGAUGAGCACGAGAUCAAGAUAUUUGCGAAUGAAGAAGAUUACCUUGAAGGGGAAAAUGCAGAAGCCAAACAGACCGCUAAGACAUCUAAAUCAUCAAUAUCAUCAUCAACAUCGCUACAACAGCAGCAAUAUAGUUAUAUCCAAACUGUUACAUAUCCAGGAUUAUACCCUGACACUACAUAUGACAAUACUUAUCACACCUUCAACAAUUAUCAGAAUCAAUAUGCAUAUUAUGGUAUACCGUCUUAUGACCAAAGGAAUGAAUAUCAAUACCAGCAGCAAUAUCAUUAUACUUUACAAGAGGCUCCCAAUGGUACCGUAGAGCUUUCUUACUCAGCACCCUAUCAAGGAGCAGUAGUGCUACAAGAUUCCAUACCUCAAAACGAUAACCAAAUUGAUAAAGUCGAUGAAGGCAUAGUAAUUGAAGAUGACCAGUCAGAAGAUAUGGUAAUAGAUGAUGAUUCUUCAGCUGAAGAAUCAUCAUAA